AUGGAAAUUGACGAAUUUGGCGACGACACCGAUGUAUUUGUGAAGGUAAGUGAACGCUAUCUAAAAUAAUUGACAGAAAAUUUUAAAACAUGUGUCUCAGAUUAUAAAUAUCCAGAUUACAAAGAAAUGGUGAUUGUAGGGCUCCCUUCUUGUAGCCCUUUAUCUCACAACCACUAGAAAUACGUUAAUCGCAGAAACUCGUAAAGCUCAGGGGAGGGGAGGGUGGCCCCUAAAACGUGAAGGGUCUGCAAUUAGAAAAAUUUUUAUGUCAGAUUACGGUUCUCAGAUGAUGCUUCACUUUCCAGCAUCUGCUCGCAGCAACACUUUGCCGACAACUUGUUACCACUUAUUCUAGAAUUCCAAUUCUCAAACUCAUUAAUCGUUCAUAAAGGAAAUACAAAUUAAGGAAAUUUGAAAUCAGUUAAUGAGUGUUUAGAAAUCAGAUGAAAAACUGCUCUCUUUUGAAUCCUUAAUUUGUCGUUCUAGAAUCAUUUUGUUUGAGAAGUAAUAUCAAGUAUUCGACACAGCGUUUCAUCAACUGUUAAAACACCUCGAAGUUCGUUAAAAAUGCUCCGCUGCGCGUUGUAUUUUUAACUCUCUUCACUGUGUUUCAUCUGGUGAUGAAACAGUGCGUCUCAUGCUUGAUGUAUUACAUAACUGUGUAUUUGGAUAUUUUAUCUCAACAGCGUAUGAAGCCAGACAAGCCUCCAAAUCCUUCUAUAACAUUCAUCCCCCAGACAAUAUCCAAUGGACCUUUCUCCGCUCUGCUUGCUGUGAAGCCAGCCUGGACCAGUGGUGAAAUAGAAAGAUACGUCAAUAAUAAGUCCUGUGAGAAAAAGUACCUUUGUUCAAGGUGCGAUGGGACUUUGGCGUUGAAGUCAAACAAUACAGAUGACAAGGGCUUGCCCCUUAAUCCCCAUCCAGAUAUAUUCUUUCUUGAAAUAGAUGCCUAG